UGUGCGGAGGGGGGCGGCUCCAGGCCCGGCCCUCUAUGGACAUAUAUGUGCGGGCUCUGCCUCCGGGAGGCGUGUCCAUUGUAUAACAGGUGGGGGCCGGGGCAGCACACACUGAGGGAAUGCUCGCACUUCUGUCAGACAUGGCUGCCCUGAGAGCUGCACGCCGCCUGCUGGCACACACUCUGAAGCCACAGAACGCAGGAUCGUCACUGAAUCGUCGGUGGAAAUCUACAGCGACAGCUGCUGCAGCAACCCAGGGCGUAGAGGCCAAGACUUAUGUGCACCCUGAUAAGAAGAAACCUAAAACCGGGAUUCUGAUGCUGAACAUGGGUGGUCCAGAGACCCUCGAUGAUGUCCACGAUUUCCUACUUAGAUUAUUUUUAGACAAAGACCUCAUGACUCUUCCAGCACAGAGUAAACUUGGACCUUUUAUUGCCAAACGCCGCACGCCAAAGAUACAAGAACAAUACCGAAAAAUUGGCGGUGGAUCCCCUAUUAAAAAAUGGACUGCACUUCAAGGAGAAGGCAUGGUGAAGCUGCUGGACGAGCUCUCCCCGGCCACGGCACCACAUCAAUAUUACAUUGGUUUCCGUUACGUACAUCCGCUUACUGAAACCGCCAUUAAAGAAAUGGAAAGUGACGGAGUAGAGCGAGCAAUUGCCUUCACACAAUACCCCCAGUAUAGCUGCUCCACCACAGGAAGCAGCUUAAAUGCAAUUUAUCGAUACUAUAAUUCUAAAGGUAUAAAUCCCGGUAUGAAGUGGAGUGUGAUUGACAGAUGGCCAACGCAUCCUCUUCUCAUCCAGUGUUUUGCUGAUCACAUCCAAAAAGAACUGAAAAUGUUUCCAAAAGAAAAGAGGGCGGACGUGGUCAUUCUUUUCUCUGCGCACUCUUUGCCAAUGUCGGUGGUGAAUCGAGGAGAUCCGUACCCACAGGAAGUUGGAGCUACAGUGCAAAAAGUAAUGGAGAAACUUAAUUUCUCAAAUCCCUACAGGCUUGUGUGGCAAUCCAAGGUUGGACCCAUGCCCUGGUUAGGUCCUUCUACAGAUGACACUAUCAAAGGUCUGUGCCAGAAAGGGAAAAAAAAUAUUCUUCUGGUCCCUAUUGCCUUUACCAGUGACCAUAUUGAAACUCUAUAUGAGCUGGAUAUAGAAUAUGCUGAGCAUCUGGGCAAAGAGUGCGGAGUGGAGAACAUCAGACGGUCCGAAUCUCUUAAUGGAAAUCCAUUGUUCUCCAAGGCUCUUGCCGACUUAGUUCUUUCCCAUCUUAAGUCCAAUGAGAUCUGCUCGAAACAGUUAACUCUGCGGUGCCCGAUGUGUGUUAACCCUGUCUGCGGAGAGGCGAAGGAUUUCUUCAAGAAACAGAAGCUGUGACGCUACGCAAGAUAAAAAGCACAAGCUUUCAGGAUGCAAUUAUUUUUUUUUUUUGUUGUUCUUCCAGUUUUACUAAAUUUAUGUAUCUUUUAUUUAUAUAUUAUUUUUUUUUUAUUAUAUAUAAAAGCGGCUGUGCACCUGUUUUGGCAUAGCUGAAAAGAGAAGCAUGCUUGCCUGCUUCCUGGCACUAGCUGCUGCACGCCCAGGAUGUAAGCGUCCGCUUUUGACUCUGCACCCAAUCGCUGGCUACCUGCUCCCCUUGUGUCACAUGACCAUUCAACAUGAUGGAGCAGGUCACCACUGCAGCUAGCGAUUGGAUGCAAUGGCGUCAAAACGGAAGUUUUACAUUUUGUGAGCAAAGGGGAGUGAAGAUGUCAGGAAGCAGGUACAGAUGCUUCCCUUUGGAAGUCUGCCUGAGGGGGGAGGGGUUGGCAAAAACUGUGCCAAAGGUGCACAACUGCAUUUAAGCACUAAAGGAUUUCCACGUACCGCCCAUUAUCUGAAAUAAUGUCCAUAGGCAGGUGAUAUUUAAGGGUGUACUCUCGCCUUAAAGUGCUGGCAUAGUGUUAGGCUAUGUCAUCUGUUUGUUUCUGAGUGUUCGGGUCUGACCUCUGUGACCCACAAUGAUCUUGAGAAGGAAAGGGCUGUAGCAGUGGUGUCGGCUAUAUAUGAGAAACGUUGUAAAAUUCUGCAUUCCAUCGACUAAAAACAGACAAUUUUCCAUCUGUGUGAAAUCGGUGGUGAGACAGCAUUCUAUGUGUCCAGUUAUUUCCCCGCUUUUAUCAUCUCCUAGCAACCAUAUGUAAAAACGGACUGCACAUGGACAAUGGCGCAUUGAGUGCCUUAGGUGAGUUUUUAGUGCGAAAAACAGACCAAAAUAUUGCAUGCUGCUCAAACCACUGGUCUGCAAAGAAAAUCAGACCUGUGAAAUGUCAGCGUUCAGUCUGUGCUGUCUAGUCUAUGUUUGGACAACAUACGGACGUGAUCAUUGCUCGUAUCGGUGCGCCCUUACUGGUUUUCCCUGCACUGCGGCACUGCCGCCACCUGCUGUGCAGGGAGCUACAUCCAGACCCCUUCAUUAGAAGGGAAUGCAAUGGUGUGGCCCUUGUAUUCUAAAGGGAAUCAUCAAGUGAUCGCAUUUCUUAGCGAUAUACCAUAGCUUUAUAAGGGCUCAUGCACACCACCGUAUGUAUUUUGCAGUACGAACAAAAUACGGAUGAUUUCUGUGAUGCGGACAGUAAUAGGACAUGUUCUAUUUAUUAAUUUUUUUUUGCGGAAAUGGACACAUGGAAACAGAAUGCAGGUGGGGUAACGUCUGUGUGGUUUUUUUUUUUGUGGCCCCAUUGAAAUGAAUGGUUCUGCAUAUGGACCACCAAAAUAAACGGAAUGGACAUGGACAAAAAAAAUGUUCAUGUGCAUGAGCCCUUAUCUGUAGCUGCAAGAUGUUAUAAAAGAGCACCCAGAAGGCUAGAGCUACAUGCCAACCUUAGGUGUAACCGGUGUUGCACGAUCAAGGACUACAGUGUAGCACGGCAGCCAUAGAUAUGAAUGCAGUUGAAGCGUGACUUGCACAUUUACCGUGACCCCAAAGUGGCAGGGCUGUAUUUAUAUAUAUUUUUUUUGUAAUUCUGGGGUUGCGGUCGUGGCAAACGUGCAAGCCCAUUCAGUUCUGUGGCUACACUGCAAUCCGUGGUGGCGCGACAAGAUCUCCGUGUAGUCCUAAACCUAAUGUCUCAUUACAUGAGGCCUUAAAGCAGUGACUUGUAAAAUUCUGUUGCACGGACUCUAAAAUUGAUAUGAAUGGUGUCCGCUCCUAACUACUCAGCAAGUGUCCCCCUGAGUAUGGCAAGUGCUCAGACAUUUGUCAUAGACCCAGGUCCCCUGCCUCACAAUUGGCAUUGUCAUCUCUGUCCUAAUUCACACAUCCCUGCACAGAAUGGAGGGGUAACCAUCUAAUCGGUGUGGAUCCAAGCUGUUGGAUCUGUUCCCCUGAAGCAGCAGGGCAUGUGUGACUGCUGUUGCUCCAUUCAUUUUAUGUGGGAGUGCCAGAGGGAGCACUCCGCCAAUCUUAGUGAAUAAUGGCGUGGCAGUGUUCAUAUGUGACCUACCACUCCGUUUGGGUUAUGAGACCCCCUAUACUUGUGAUUGUGUCCCAAUGGUCGGAGAAGGCUGUCCCCCUAUCUUCUGGAUAAUUUGGUGUAUUCUGUUUGGUGGCCGUCAUUCAUUGUGUGCACAGUGUUUAAUACAAUGAACGAUCAUGAUGGCCAGAGAAGGGGGUGUACUGUGCAUGUGCGGUCCAGGGUUCUCACCACUGUAGGAAGUGAUGAAGAUGUCGGCCAUGAGCCAGGGCGAGGAGUGGGACUGGAUUUCUUGCAUCUGUUGGGUUGUGGUCGCAGCAACUUAUGAGUCACAACAUGACCCCCAUUUACCUACACUCAGUGUAAUGUAGCAUCACUUGCUAUGAGUUUUGGCUGCACAACAUCUGUCGCAGGCCAAAGUCACCACAGUGCCUCAGCCAUACAGAAGGAAGAACAGUACAGUGUAUUUUACAGAAUCUAUAUGCAAAGUUAUAUUUAAUGCCUGCCUGCAGUGAGGAUUUUUAAUUUUGUGCCAUAUAUUUUCAAUAAAAAGUAAAGUUUUAUAUAGCA